GGGGAAUCCUGUCCGGUGUAACGGAACUACACAACUGUGUGGCUUGAACGCCUCGAGUUUCAGACCGUGGGCAACCAACAACCAACAACCAACAACCAACAACCAACAGCCAACAAGCCACCACCAACCCAUCCGCCGUCCCGGGUUUUCCCAGGUUUUCCCCAGGUUGCCAUCCUUUGAGAUCAAGAGUCAGGAUUUUUGCGCGCUCUACACUAGUCAGUCGCCCGAAAAAGAACGUCAGUUCCCUUGGGGCCAGUGCUUCAGGAUGACGGCGGAACGACGAUGGAAGCGUGGUUUAACAAACUUCUGUGCGGGUGGCCAAUUCGCGUGGCAUACCUUGUGGGAUUACACACACACCCGCAAGCUAGAAUCUUGGUCCUAUGGAGUAGUGUAACAUGUUGCCAUAGAUUGGCAACUUGUGAAUACCCACGUUUGCCGGCCGGGAAAAGAGACAAAAUUGAGGAGAUCGUAUGGAGAAUCCCGGAUGAUGGACGGGAAAGGACGAUCAAAUUGUUCAUCAUGUCAAAAGACUGAAGUCAUAGUUGACGUCGAACCUGCAUGGUGAGCGAUUCGGGGAAUAACUGAAUCAGUGUUCACGUUGCAAGC